AUGGCACAGCCUGUCCUUGUGAAGGCGUAUACUGAUAGAAGAGCCAGCACAAAGCGUAGUCUCAAAAGCAACGAGGAAGCACUGCCGCCCGUUUCUGCGUUCACGUUCGCGAACAUACUUCGAACAGCUGACACCACCCCCGAGUUCCAGGCCGCGAUCGAUGGCAUAGCAGAGAUAUGUGCAAAGAACCGCAUGAGUCUGGCCGACGAGUAUGCAUCUCAUCUACCGCCUCUCGGCGAGAUCACAGCUGCAACGUCUACGAACAUACGACCCCAUCUACUUCGACCAGGAGUCCGUCGACCGCUAACAAGUGUGCCAGAGGGCAGCUCCGGCAGCAGCGAAGGGAGUGGAAAGAGUCGCAAGAAGGGCAGUAUAUUCAGCUUUCGCAAGCAGCAGGUGCAGGACAGCGUCCCUGCUCGUCGUCUGCGGAUUGGUAUGAUGGGGAGAACUGUACCCGUAGGAAGUACAACUGCUCUUGCUGCUGAAGCAUGGAUACGACCCCAAAAGUCGCGGAGUUCGUCGGAGAGCACGAUAGUCGCUGCACCCCCUGCCGCCAUCUCACCACUCCGUCCAGUACCACGAAGAACUUUGAGCGCGGCGGAAGUCAGUCUGCAGCAGCUGCUUACAAGGAGCCGGUCUUCGGACGACUAA